UCUGUUUUAGUUGGGCACAAAAAAUGAAAUUGCCCGUCAAGAUGCUCAGCACUUAACCUUACUUUGAUUUGUUUCCUUAAUCUUUCUAUUCGGCAACUCAAUCCUUUUUGGUGGGAUCCAUCUUCUGGUUUUAUAUGAUACACAAGCUGAAGUCCAUUUACCAUCGUCCUAGUUUCAACUUUUCAGCCGCUUCAAAUCAAGAUUUUUAUCGCUACUUGCAAAGAAAGAUGGCUCGUUCUGCAUUAGAUGAGACAUCAGAUUCGGGGGCAUUCAUUAGAACAGCUUCAACAUUCCGGAAUUUCAUAUCCCGCCAUCCAGAUUCCCAAUUUCCUGCAGAAUCCGGACGAUAUCAUCUUUAUGUGUCAUAUGCUUGUCCUUGGGCUUCCAGGUGCCUUGCCUACUUAAAGCUCAAAGGUCUUGAUAAAAGCAUCAGUUUCACGGUUGGUGAAUCAAAUAGCAUUGCAGAGAAUGCUGACUUGGAUCUGUAUCCCUCAUUUGCAAUCCUGGUUGACGAGACUAACGAAUGGGUUUACAAUGGGAUUAAUAAUGGCGUUUAUAAAUGUGGGUUUGCAAGAAAGCAGGAACCUUACGAAGAGGCAAUGAAGCAGUUGUAUGAAACUCUGGAUAAAUGUGAGCAAAUACUUAGCAAGCAGCAAUAUAUUUGUGGAAAUAUGCUGACCGAGGCAGAUAUCCGAUUGUUUGUCACCCUUAUAAGAUUUGAUGAGGUUUACGCGGUUCACUUCAAGUGCAACAAAAAGCUUCUUAGGGAAUACCCAAAUUUGUUUGACCAUACUAAAGAGAUAUUCCAAAUUCCUGGCAUGAGUAGCACAGUCAACAUGGAGCAUAUCAAGAAGCAUUACUAUGGAAGUCACCCUUCUAUAAAUCCAUUUGGAGUUGUUCCACUUGGCCCAGAUAUCGAUUAUGCUGCCCCUCAUGAUAGAGACAGGUUUGCUAAGUAGGUACCAAAAUCUACCAGUUUCUUUAAAGCAAAUAAGACAAGGUGUAUUUUGUCUUGUGUGUUCUUUUUUUCUGAAAGAAUUAUCUGGUGUGUUUUUGGACGAGGCAUGUAUCCUGUGCAGUUGCAAGUUGUAAUUCCAGUAAUUAGCAGUUGUUAUGUCACUGCAUGUUUUUACUUGUUCGUGGAUGAUAAAUCCACCCCAGCCAAGAAACUUUUACCAA